AUGGAAGGGAACAGCAGCGACAUCACAUGGGGAACCCCGGACGACAGGCUCUGGGUGGUGAGGUUGAAAGCUUCCUUUAUGUCGAUCGAGUGCAUCCUGGCCAUGUUCGGUAAUAUCGUAGUCAUGCUCUUCACGACGACCAGGAACACAUUCCCGCGGAACGCCAGCGUCUACAUCUUCGCCAUGGCCGUGGCGGAUUUUGUGAAAGGCGUGGGGUACGCGUCCCAUGUGGGGCCGUUUCUGGCUCAAGACAUGGCCGGGGCUGAGGCGUGGUGCCAAGGGUGGGGGUACGUGCAGUCCGCACUUCGUUUCAGCUCGAUCCACCUGGUCACCUGCGUCUCCGUGGACAGGUGUCUGGCCAUCUGGUGGACCGGGUACUCAGAGGCGAUGUCGUUCGCAAAGUCCGUCGUGGUGACCUUCGUGGUGUCGUCCGUCGGUGUCUUGGCGACAGUCGUGCCGGUUACGCAGGGGUGGGCGACGGUCCAGUUUCAGCUGCGCGAGGGCAGCUGCACCUUCGAGAUCCCGCAAAACGAACUUCUCUGGAAAGCAGCUGUUCCGGGUUUCUUCGUCCUGGUCGUGGUCCCGCUGGUGAUCGCCGUCGUCGCGAACGUCCUCAUCUGCAUCGCGAUGGCUCUCAGCGGAGUCGGCACCCCCGCCAUCCGCGCGCGUCCGUACGUGCUCGACCAGCCCAGACACCAGGAUCAGAUCGAGCUGGACGAGGUCAAGUCGGCUCCUCCUCCGCUCCCGCCGGGGUGCUCUGCCUGGCCCGACGACGAGAUCCAGGAAGCUCCCCUGGACGACGAUCCUCCGGCCGACAAGGGCUCCACAGAAGAGACCCACGGCGCGACGGAGACCGGCAACGACCCGAUGGACCCCGCCCAGCCCGGACCGCAGCAGGGCGACGCCACGGCCCGGCAUCCAGGCUGCUGCAGAUGCAGGCGGGUCGGUUCCAAGUCGCUGAUCGCCAUAGCCGUGGUCGCGUUCGGGCUCCAGAUCCUGAUGCACGCGGUGAAGAUCUACGACGCCGCCGUGACGCCCCUGGACGACGACGUGUACUUCGCGCUGGUGUGGCUGUCCAACUGCCACGCCUUCACCAACGCCAUCCUGUACAGCGUGGUCCACAAGACCUUCCAUCUGGCCGUGGUCAUGGACUUCGUCGCCCUUUUCCGGUUCCUGCUCCGCUGCUGCGGUGCGCAGGUGGAGCCGGAGGUCCAGCCCUCCACCAGCAUCUGA